GACCCCGCCGCUUAGGGAUCCCGACGUUGGCAGCUCCCGACUGGCUGGGCAGGCCCCACCGGAAGGCGACAGCAUGGCGGGCGCGCUCGCGGUGGCCAAGGUGGCCGACCGAAUCCGGAAAGGCGAAGAUUCCGUGCGAGUGGCGGCCACAGCGCUCCUCUGCGACGAGGCAUUUUUUGGCGACCUUGGGUAGGUGGAAGGGCAUGUUGGAACUGGAGUUGACAUCCACGCGCAGGACACUGCUGGUCGCACCGCCCUGCAUUACGCGGCCGCGCAGCCGGAUGCCAGAACGCAGCGAAUCGAGCUUCUAAUGGACCGCAAGGCUCUGGCUGACAUGGAUGAUUCCGACGGCUUCCCACCAUUAGAGUUUGCUGCGCUCCGUGGUUGCGCCGAGCAAGCGACCAGUUUGCUGCUGACGGCGGGCGCAGGGUUGAGGCACAUGUCGAAGUUGCGCCUGACAGGACAACUGGCCGCAGAUGGCAGCAUGAUCUCCAAGGACGAGGUGGAGGUCGAGGAGCUCUGUCUACCGCGGCGUGUGGAGGGGCACCGGCAUGGCUGCCAAAAUCGUCAUGCUGAUUGCGCAGGGCGAGGAGAAGGACGAUCUACAUCUCUUGGCAACUGCACGCCGCCCCGACUUGGUGAUGCUCCUCGGGGCAAUUUCGAGCGAACCGCAACUCAUGCUCAUCACAGGGUUCAUGGACGGAGGGUGCCUCGAGCUCCACUACACGGCCAUGCGCAAGGACUACCAGCGCCCGAACUGGCAUGCCGCUUUCGGGCAACAGGUCGAUUGGUGCAGCGCUGUUGCGCGAGGCCUGUGCCUCCUGCACAGUUGCUGGACACCGGUCAUCCACAGAGAUCUCAAGCCCCCUAACCUCCUGCGGACCAAGCGGCUCGAUGUAAGAAUCACCGAUGUCGGUAUCAGCAAGAUGAUGGCACCGAUGGGGUGCAAGUUGCAGAAGAUCCACAUGAUGGGCGUGGUCAGUCUCCAGCGCAUGGCCCCUGACGUCGUGCGCAAUGGACGGUACGACACGAAGGCCGACAUGUGGUUGUUUGCGUUCACACCGUGCUCUAGCAGUUCGCGACGCGGCCACUUCUGGGAGCGCACGAGCAGACCGACAUCGAUACCGGAAGAGCAAGGGAAACAACAAGCAGCCGAGACCACAGCUGGCCGACACGCACGCAUCUCUCCGCGCCAUCAUGAAGGAUGCCCGGGCCGAGGAGCCCAAAGAUCGCCCAGACGCUGGGGAGCUCAGUGAGCGAUUCACCGCGGUGCCUGCGGACAGGGGAUUCGGAUGCAGCACUGUGUGAGCCGACCGUGCCAAGCCCUCGCGCCCAUUGUUUCAGGGCGGGGGCAUCUGGUGGAUUCACUGUGCCCGGGCCUUGGCAUCGCUCGGACGUGUGCAUUUUUUCUCGGUGAGAACCAUCAAGGAC